AUGGAACCUGUUUGUGACAAGAUUGAUUAUUAUGAGAAGAAUAAUUUAGAUAGAAUAAUUGACACACUACAGCAAGCACACUCCAAAGGUAUUCUGCACAGAGACCUUCGAAAAUGUAACAUUCUUAAAGACAGGGAUUCUAGAACCAUUCGAGUUGUGGAUUGGGGAUAUGCAGUUGAUGUCCACACAUCUCAACCAUUUGCUGGUGGGCUUGACUGUGCAUCAGACUUGGCAUUGAAAUCAGUGAUAGAAAGAAGAAGUAUUGUUUAUCAGAAGUCAGAUGACCUAGUUAGUUUAUUAAGAAGCUUUUACCUCACUUUACAUGGAUGUAAUGGGUUGGACAUAUUUGCCUUUGGAAAUAAGGAUUUUCAAGGGCAUGCUGAAAAGACAAUGGCUUUUUGGAAAUCCCAUGGACAGUCGGAGCUCUGGCAGGAGCUUUUUCAACUUGCUGAAAGUUGUGAUUAUCAAGGGUUGAAGAACAAGAUUGCAGAACUAUAUUGA